ACUCCGUCACAUGGGAUAUAUAAGAGUAAAAGUUGUCCUCUUCUACUCACUUCACUUUUACACAAUCCUCCUCUAGCACACAGGAAAACCGGAGUUUAAUUUCUUUCCUUAUUAAACCUGCAGUACAAUGGCUUUUCUCCCCCACGCAGUCAUCUUUAUCCUAACUGUGGUCCUUUGCAUCCAACAGAGUGAUGCUCAGUCAGUACCAGACAGAUGCUGGUGUCAGAACCCGUCCUCUAAAGCUUUUCGAUGGAAAAACAUUGAAGAGUUCUCUGUCACUGCACCAAAAUCCCGCUGCAAAGUGACCGAGAUCAUAUUGACACUGAAGACAAACAGUAAACGCUGUAUUAACCCAAAAAUAUACCAGGGCGAACAACUUCUGGAAUGUUGGAAGAGAAUAAACACUGAAAACAAAAGAGCGACUAUCAAGCUGUCUGAAUGUGGAUUUAACAGAAACGCAACAAUCAAAAUUGAAAACACAACCCCAGUAAACCAGCUCUAACCAGCUGCACAGAGGGGAGUGUGGAAACUCCAGAAAUCUGAAAAUCCAAUGGGACGCCGGGAUCCUGCCCCCUUCCCGUGUUUGGAAACUCCAGCUGGAUGACCUCUGGAUAAUGUUUCCAAGAACUGUCCAACACAGAUUUUUAUCAGAAGUGGACUUGUUGCAGGAUAACUUUGUACACUGAAUAUUUUACAGGCAUUACUAUCACUAAGUGGGCCAUCACUAUAUUAUUGUACAUAUAAGCAGUAUUUAAGUUCUUAUUUUAUAUUUAUUUGUUGUAUUUUUUUUAAACUAUGAUUGUACAUUUGGUAAUCGGAAUCAUUUUGUAUAACAAGUUUUGUGUUUAAAAAGAAGAAAACUGCGAUUAUACUCUGAAUGUAAACUGUGAUUUAAAAGCUGUCAUGGUUUUGAACAGAAAGUAAACAAACUCAAACUGAAGAGGGCCUAGUUGGCUGGUCAUGUGAUCUGUGUUCAUACAGGGGGAUUGAGCCCCAUCUGCUGACCGCUAUGUAACAUCUGACUAGAAUAUAUAUUAACUUUUUUUUUUUUUUUUUAUAAUUCAAUGAUGAUAAUAUUUAAAUGACAGACUUCAUCAUUUCCACAUAUCAUGCAUAUUUUUCUUCCAAUUGCAAACUAAGCCAUAAAAUAAUCACAGAGCGACAUAACUAACAUUUCUUGGGUCAACUGUAAAAUGUAAACAAAUAAGAAAAAAAUGACGUAAAGUUACAUGUAUAAGGACAAUUCAAGGCUCAGUGCUGUUUAUUUGUGCUGUGAAAUACAUAUUGCAUAUAUAUCCCA